AUUUUUUAUAGUCAGUUAGUAUUUAUUAUUUAGUAUGAUAAUUAGUUAUAGAAUAAACUGUUAUAGUUCUCGCAGACGAAUAUACAAGCGAGUACGAAUAAGGCAUUCAAUCACUUCUGGAGGAAUGCAGUCUUUUGGAAUUUUAUUGUUAACCGUGUUAAACAAUUUUUUUACUAUUCCAGUCUGUGUACCAAAACCUUCAUCAAAUACACUUUCAAGUAUCUUGGCCACAUUGAUCAAAUCUUGUGAUGGGCGUGACAUUUGGUCUCAUCUUCCAAAUAUGGAUACUUUGAUUUGUACUUUCUUGCAACUGAUCCCGCUACGUACUUCAAAUUUUCUUCAGUUGAAUCAUUGAAAUUAUGGCUAAAUAAUUCCACGGCACUUAACUAAAAAUCAAAUAUAUAAAAUAUGAUAUUAUUUAGUAAUGCUCUGAUCAUCAAUUGUUAAAUUGUUAUCAUAAUCUUCUUUGGCAAAUACUCUGGAAUCUUCAAUAACAGCAGCCGUCAGUAUACACUCA